AUGAGUGAGGCAGGAGAGGCCACCCUCAGGAAGGGGGCCGCCUCAGUUUCCCCCCAAGACACGAGGAAAGGUCUCUUGUCCUUGGGAGGCGGAGAUUCUUCCCGGGCCCUGGUGGCCAGCAACCUCAGCGGGGACGCGAUCUCCGAGGCCACCGCGCGGGCGGGCGCCAGGGGAAAGGCGCCCGAGAAGGUCAUCGCCAAGGGGGUCCGUGGCUCCGUGAAGUGGUUUAAUGUGAAGAAAGGAUACGGUUUCAUCCGCAGACACGAUACGGAGGAAGACGUGUUCGUGCACCACGCGGCCAUAGCCCGGAACAACCCUCACAAGUACCAACGCAGCGUGGGCGACGGCGAGACGGUGGAGUUCGACGUGGUGCAGGGCGAGCGGGGCACCGAGGCCGCUAACGUGACCGGGCCGGCGGGCGCCCCAGUGGAGGGCAGCCGCUUUGCCGCCAACCGCUCCGGCGUCCGCCGCGGCUUCUACAUCUGCCACCGCGCUCCUCAGUCUCGCCGUCCCCGGGGCGCCGAGGACGACGUCGACGAAGGCGAGGGCGGCGGCGACGGCUUCACCGUGACCCGGGGCCCGAGGUGCCGCCUGCUCAGCCUCCCUCCGAACCAACAGCUGCGGCUGCGGCGCUGCUCACCCUUCCGCAGGGCCCAGGCGGUGACCAGCGGCCCCUGGAUCCUUGCUCCCGACCUCGGCCUGCAGGCCGCCCACCUGCCUGGGCCCACCCCUGCCGCAAGGCCCCAGGGCGCACCGCCCACGCGGAAGCCCGGCCUCAGCUACCGGCUGAGUCGCCCUAGGGGCCGAGGCCGCCCUCCUGGUCCUAAGCCCUCACCCGUCGUCUCCGAGGAGUUGACAGCGAAGGACGAGGAGAGUGGCCGCGUUGCUGGAGGCCUGCAGCAGAGGCCCCCGCCAUACUAUGGAUCCCGACGCCCCAUCCCGGAAGGAGCAGAGAGCAAGAUCCUCGAGGGCCCUGCCGAAGCACCCGCUCGUGUUGCCAAGAAGAGCAGCCCCGCAGUCGUGGAUGCCCCCUCCACGGCUCAGGCCGAGUGA